AAUAUAAAUAUAUAUUUUCUCUCUUCCUCUGCAGGUCCUCUCAGCAGUAUCCUCGUGAACAAAUUUGGCAGCCGACCAAUCAUGAUGCUCGGUGGCUGUCUGGCAGGGUCGGGACUGGUCUCUGCCUCCUUCUGCAACACUGUGGAGCAGCUCUACUUCUUCAUAGGAGUAGUGGGGGGUUUGGGACUGGCGUUCAACUUGAAUCCCGCCCUCACUAUGAUCGGUAAAUACUUCUACAAGCGUCGGCCCAUCGCCAACGGCAUCGCCAUGGCGGGCAGCCCGGUGUUCCUGUCCACGCUGGCUCCUCUCAACUCCUGGCUGUACGACGCGUUCGGCUGGAGAGGCAGCUUCCUCAUCCUCGGAGGACUUCUGCUCAACUGCUGCGUGGCCGGCUCGCUCAUGCGGCCCAUCGGACCCAAACCUCAGCCGGCAAAGCCCGACUCGGAGGUCGGCGAGGCCAAGGCGGCGGACUCGGUGCAGCCGCAGCCGAAGAAGACGGUGAUGCAGACCAUCAACUCCUUCAUCGACCUGACGCUGUUCAAACACCGCGGCUUCCUGCUCUACCUGAGCGGCAACGUGGUCAUGUUCUUCGGCCUCUUCGCGCCGCUCGUCUUCCUCUCCAAUUACGCCAAGAGUAAAGACAUCAGCAAAGAGAAAGCUGCUUUCCUGCUCUCCGUUCUGGCGUUCGUGGAUAUGUUCGCCCGGCCCUCCAUGGGCAUGCUGGCCAACACCAGGUGGGUCCGGCCCAGGGUGCAGUACUUCUUCGCCGCCGCCGUCCUCUACAACGGAGUGUGUCACGUGCUGGCGCCGCUGUCCGUCGACUACACCGGGUUUGUGGUGUACGCCAUCUUCUUUGGUUUUGCUUUCGGCUGGCUGAGCGCGGUGCUGUUUGAGACUCUGAUGGACCUGGUGGGAGCUCAGAGGUUCUCCUCCGCCGUGGGCUUGGUCACUAUAGUGGAGUGCGGCCCGGUGCUGCUGGGCCCGCCGCUAACAGGUAGCUUCUAUAACUACUACAACCACUACGACUACACCUACAUCUCCUCCGGCAUCAUCCUCAUCGUCGCCAGUGUGAUGCUCUUCCUGGGAAUGGGCCUCAACUACCGCCUGCUGGAGCGGGAGAGGAAAGAGGAGGAGAGAAGAGAGAGGGAGGAGCCCAAGGAGGAGCGCACCGCCAUGUUAGCGCCUCCCUCGCCGUCAAAAUCGGACGAGGAGGCGGAGGAGAAGAGCGCGCCGGCCGCCGUCACGCUGGAUGAAGUGGCCAAGAUGGACGAGGACACGGUGUAGAGGACUUCUUUUAAGAAAGGGACUUUUUUUAAGGACGCACACACAGCAUCACACACUUAUAGGAGCACACAGGAGAGCUGCAGCUCCAAACACACUUCAUCAAGAGAUCACACCUUUCACACAACCCUGAAGCCAUAGAAACAAAUACCUUAUCAAUAAAAACUUGAGACCUGCUGCUGUGAUGUUACCCGACCGUCACGUCCGUCACGCAGCUUCGUCCACACCUCUGGUUUUUCGGUAUCUGACGUGCCUUCGGUAAGUCCUCCGGCGAGCGCCACUCGUAUGAAACAGCAGACGGUCGGAGGACUUUACUCUCAGGGUCUUGAGCUGCCGUUAAGGUUUUAGAAACACUCAAACAGGACGCUUUAUUGUUACAGUACGUAGAGAUUUUCCCUCACAAACAAAACAGUCGGCGUAGCUUCACUCCUCGAAGGGGUCGGACGCAGUCGCAGUGAAUCUCUGCGUUCACACGUUAGCUCAGAGACGUUUCCAGGUUUUUAUGCAGUCGAGAAGAUAUGAAGUAACAUUAUUUUACGUCUGCGGUGAUUAAACGUUUAACCCGAGGACAGCGGCGUCGUUAGGAACUAAUGUUAGAUGAAUGAUGAAAGGGCGGUGAGAGAGAGAAGAGGUAUCUGAGUACACUGCAGACAGAAUACUGACCGAUAAUAAUAAUACUAAUUCACACAGUUAGAUCUGUUUCUAAUUCAUACAGGAGUGUGAAGAGCUAUGCAGCCGCUGCAACUCGCCGUCUCUGCACUUUGUUAGUGUUUCACUGCUGCUGAAGAUUAAAUACUAACGGUUGAAUUAGAUUGAACUCAUUUGGCAGCCUGAGCAGAACCGGAAAUAACCUGAAAACAAUUAUCAGGUGGAACUCUCAAAGAUUUCUGCUCAAACACACGAAAAAUGUAGAAAUACUUUAAAAAACGACGGGAAAGGAGUUAAAAACUAACGUAGGAAUCUUUGGAGGGCGAACGGGAGUCGGAGCACCAGGAGGUCACGAUGCUCGCUGUGGAGGAGGCUCCGGUAAUGCUUGUACAUAACUCUGUGUGCACUUUGUGUGUAAUGUUGUAUCACACACCCUCCGAGCAGAGCGGCUCACACAGUUACGCCCCGCGGAGCCUUUCUGCUGCGUGACCAGCAGCACGCCGCCGCUCGCAGUAUUAAGUGACGCCGCACGCCGGGCGAUGGCACCGGACUGAGGGUUUGAGAACAGGAACUAAUGUCACUCUGAAUCGCACACAAUCCUAAAUUCUCAUCGUUCUGGAUUAAAGGAAACGUAGUGUUGUUGUUUUUAUUCGUGGAUAACGUUUUAGUUCACAGUUCUAUCAGAUAAAAACAUUUGUAAUUUAAAAAUAAAUCUAUUUUAGCUCGGUGUUUAACGACAAUCUGACAGGAAGUCAUCUUUGUAAUGGAGUGUGUGUGUGUGUUGUGAGAGAGAGAGUGUUUGGGUUGUGUGUGUGUGUGAGAGAGAGAAGGAGAGUGUC